AUGAGGGGAAGCUCGGGGGUGAAGCGGGUGGGCAAGUACGAGCUGGGGCGGACGCUGGGCGAGGGCAACUUCGCCAAGGUGAAGCUGGGGCAGGACGUGGAGAGCGGGCGGCGCGUGGCGAUCAAGGUCAUGGACAAGGACAGGAUUCUGCAGCACAGGAUGGCGGACCAGAUAAAGCGCGAGGUCUCGAUAAUGAAGAUGGUUCGCCAUCCCAACAUCGUCCAGCUUAUUGAGCUCGAAGAUUUUCAGGGUUGGUUUUUCCCAGGCCCGGAUCCCAAACGGACAGGUUUUGGGCCUUCCCCGGAUUUCCCGUACCUGUCUCCCGCUCCCAAUCCCCUCCUCCCUUUCUUCCUGACCUUAGACCGCGAACUGGUCCCUCUCCCCUCCUCCCAGUAA